AUGGAUAAGUCAAACCAAUCGAUCUCUUCUACCAGAAGUAAAAGAGAAACAAAGAAAGAAUUCCCUGCACCAAGCCAAAACCAUCAGACUAAACUCGAUCUUAGAAAAAAGAAGAAAAUUGCAAUUCAAAAUUUAGAUUAUCAAACAGCGAGAAAUAUUGAUCAAGAAAUCGAAAGAAUAAAUGAAGAAGAAAGUAUUCAAGCUCAUCAACUGAAAAUAGACGAAUAUAAGGAUUCAUUAAUUCAAAUUUUUGCAAUGUACAAUGAGCGUCAAAAUGAAUUGAACAACGAAAGAGAGGAUAACAUUAAAAAGAUUAGAAUUCGCGUUAACGACAUUUUUACUGAAUUAAGAAAACAGCAAACACAAGAUUUAGUCGAACUCGAAAAACAACAUGCAUCUCAUCGCUUACAUGAGCUUUAUCGCCCAGUUCCUGAUUAUGAAACUCUCAUUUCACAAUCAAGAAAGGCUGCUUCCUUAGGAAAUUACGACAAUGCUGAAACUCUUCAACAAGAAGCAUACGCUAUUCAAGAGAGAGACAUGAAAAUUAGAAUGCAGCGUGUUGAUGAUCGUUUUCAUAUGAAAUCUCAGACCGCAAUGAAAGAUUAUCGUACUUCCAUAAUAAAUCUUGUUCAAAAACUUCAGAAUGAUAUCAAAACUGCUCAAGAUACAUCAGAUACAUCACUUAAAAGCCUCUUUGAAAAGAGAGAUGCUGCAAUUGUCGGAUUAUACAAUACAAAAGGAAAAGGAUCAGUGGAAUUCCAAAGAUUGACCAUGGAUUUGUGCAAUGCUUAUAGCAUUCCAGUUCCAAGUGGAAUUUUCCCUUAA